AAUUGAAUAGCAAAUCAAGGGGACGAUUCGGUACUUCCCUCAAUCAGAAAACUUGCAUCUUUACAAUCUUACACCAUACCCUUUUGUACACCCAGCCCAUCCACAGGGCAUCUUCGCAGGAUUUCAUCUAAUAAUAUCUUCAAAAUCCGUAGCGAUUUGCAAAAACUGGGAAUACCUAAAUAUAAUACAUACAAUCUUGUAAAUGCCCAGCCGGCAGAAGAUAUGAUUUGGUGGGGGAGUUUAAACAGUGAAGAACACCGGAAAUUGCAUAGAGGUGAGGAGGAUCAAUGGUGGGCUCAAAGGAAUUGUUAGGUUAGUUGGCACUGAGAAAAAUGAGUGUGUAACAGCAAAGAGAGGUGUGGUUGAGUAGCUGGCAAAUGUGUCAGACAUAUAAAAUAGUGGAAGCAAAUGUCAAGCAAAUUAAAGAAACCAGGAAGGAAGCAAGCGUGGGCUAUAUUUCUUAAUGUACGCUGUCGCUAUAUUUAUAAUCUACGUACAAAUCUAAUGUAAUGAUAAUAAAGUUGAGAUCUUUUUUUGGGUAGAAUAAUAAUAAUAAUUAUAAGUAUAGUGUGGUUUAAUUGAGAGCAGGGAAGAAAAUGGGAUUAGGUUGUGUAAUAAUUAAAGCAGCAAAGCUGUAAGAGCAGUUGGCAGUGGUUAGUCUGUCUUUUAAAAUCAUACUACAUGUCACCCGGUAGCUUGGGCAGGUAAAAGAUGCCAAUUGCCAAACACCCGGCGGCCUCACCUUGUUAACUUCUCUUCUCUCAUCAUUCUUUAUAUGCUGCUUUGCUCACACCUAUCCCCUACGGAGCAAUUUAGGAUAAUUUGAUCUAUAAAGAUCCUUGCUUUUUUUGCCAUUUCUGCAAGUGGGUGGAUAGAUUUACUUGUUUGUGGAAUUUGAACCAGCAUUUGAUGCUUACACCCAAUUUGAGGGUCUGGGUCUGAGGUCCCUCGCUCAUUUAUCUCUUCCUCUCAACAAUUCCAGUAGUUUGAUGGUUUUGGGUACCCAGAUUGAGAAUAUCUAGAAAAGGGUCAUUGGGACUUUGCUUUUCUUGAUCCUUGUUGAGUCUUGAUUCUAAGCUUCUUUUACAAGGAUUGGUAUAUUUUUCUUCCCUGCCUGCCAAAAGGGGCUUCUUUUACCUAGUUUAGGGCGUGAUCCUCAUUGUGUGCAGCUCAAACAAGAUUUAAGAUCAAGUUUAGUGUUGAAUUAGUGUUGCAGGAUGUGAAAAAUCACACUUAUGGGGUUUGCAUAAACAUCAGGGAAAGAAAGAAAGGGAAUCUGCUUUCUUUUUGUUCCUCUGGUGAGCUGUUACUUACGCCUUUCAUUUCUCCCAUUGUCCACUUUAUGCCCUGAAAGUUUCGUACUUUCUUCUUCCUGAGGGGAUUACUUUUUUUUUUUUUUUUCUCUUCUCUCAUCAGAGUAGACUAGAUCCAAGGGUUCUUGAAACAAGGGGGGUGAAUAGGUGGGGGGUGCUGUGUAAGAUUUUAUGCCUGGUACAUUGGAUUUUUCCCUUUUCCUUUGUGUCUGUAAGGAUGCUGUGCUGAGAGGCUUCUUUUCUUUUCUUUUCUUUGCUUUGCUUUAACCCUAGACCCCCUCUCAGUCCUAUAAAGCUGCCAGGUUACUUUGUUCCUUGUUGAGUCCUGCAAGGUAUUACCAGCCUGUUUUUGGUCAAACCUAAUUUGCCUUUUGUUAUUUAGCUCCUUACAUUAAACAGGUAACCAUCUGGGCUUUGGUUCUUGUCUUGUGGUUCACCAUAGAAAUUGGGGGCUUUGCCUUUUUGAAGGUGCACGGUGUGUGUUCCACAAGUUCUGGGGUUUUGCUUUUUUCUGGGUUUUGAAAAAUGGGCACUGAGGAUAAUAAUAAUGGUGAUAUGGGGGGUCUCCAACACAGAGGUAAUGUUAGUAUUUCAAUGGCAAUGAGCUCAGAAUCCACUUUCAGGUCCCCUACUGGGAUGGACUCUCUCCCCUUUUGUGGUUCUGGUUGGGAUCCUAUGGUUCCAGUGAAUCAGAGCUUGCAUUACCCGGUUGCGAUUGAUAAUCAGCCGAUGAGUAGUACUUCUCAUCUUGUUCAUCACUAUCCCUCGGGUUCGGAUGUGGUCGAUAUGGUGCCCAAGGUUCCGGCUUUUGGGAAUGAAGGUUUCUCGGAUAUGGUCAGUUCUUUUGGGCUGCCGGAUUGUCGCUUGAAUUAUAUGCACAAUAUCGGGGUUGGCACUAAUAGGGCCUUCUCCCGGGGCCAACACUCGCAAGAGGAUUGCUUGAAUUUGGAAGAGGCUGCAAUUGGAGCCUCGCCUCUCGGGAAGAAGAGAAGAUCAUCAGAGGCUCUUUCUCCAUCAAUUGCCAGUAAGAAUGUUGAAAGAGAACAGCCCAAAGAUCCAUUGGGAGACAAUUCUGAAUGCUCAAAAGAAGACGAAAAGAAACAGAAAACCGAACAAAACAAUAGCUCGAGUUUGAGGAGUAAGCAAGCCGGGAAACAAGUCAAAGAUACUUCCAGUAGCGGGGAACCCCCUAAGGAAAAUUAUGUUCAUGUAAGGGCUAAACGUGGGCAGGCUACAAACAGCCACAGCCUUGCCGAAAGGGUGAGACGAGAAAGGAUCAGUGAAAGAAUGAGAUUGCUUCAAGAACUCGUUCCAGGCUGCAAUAAGAUCACUGGGAAAGCGGUGAUGCUUGACGAGAUUAUUAACUAUGUGCAGUCACUUCAGCAACAAGUCGAGUUUCUGUCGAUGAAACUUGCUACUGUGAAUCCCGAGCUGAACUUUGAUAUCGAACGAAUAUUAUCCAAAGAUAUUCUUCACGCACAAGGCAGCAAUGGAGCUCUUCUCGGACUUGGUCCGGGAUUGAACUCACCACAUCCUUUCCCCGGUGCUCCACUGGGAACAUUCAAUAAUGUCCCCAACACCACGCCAUUUCACUCGUUGCCUCAGAAUGUGUGGGAAAACGAUCUCCAGAGUAUUCUCCAGAUGGGAUUCGAUUCUAACUCUUCUUUGAACAACAUGGGACCAAACGGUAAUCGUUCAUAGGACAUUUAGCGAUAUUUGUUGAUCUUGUUUGUAUUCACCCUCGGUUCUGGCGUUUUCCCCUCCAAACAUAAAGAUGUCUCGAGCUGAUUAGCGGGGGCGUGAAGAAUGGAUUUGUAGAUUUUUUCUGGGAAUGCUAGCUGGUGUCAUCAACUAAUGCCUUAACUCUUCACUGCUGAAUUUGUUUCUUUCCACUGGACAACAAAAAGUAGCUAUACAUAAUUUUCAGAGAUGUAUAGGUUGUUUAGCUCCUAAUUAACUCUUUGUUCUUCGAAUUUUAGCAGAAGAAAAUGGCAUUUCAUAUUUAAAAUGGUUGUCUGUAUGUGUUUAGCUUCAUGCGGAUUUUCGAACAAUAUCAACAUUAUUGUAUGUGUAAAGUGUACCACGUUGCAAAUUUUCAAAUUUGUAUGUGAUUCUUCUCUAA